AUGCUGCCCACUCUGAACUCCAUGCAGGCUCGCAAGCCCAACCUGUACCCAACAUGCGUGUGUCGACGAUGCGAGCUCGAGAAGGAGGAUAACGAUCACGUCUGGAAAUGCCCUUCGGCAGCUGAGACCACCACUGAGAUCUGGAAGGAGGCCAUGGGCAAGAUUAAUGAGUGGGGUGUGCAGGCGACAAACAGCUACAACGCAGCCAGGAAGCGAGAAUACAAACGCGCGGUGGACAGAGGUCGUCAGGUACCGAGGCCAGUACCCAUACACUGGUGGCCCCCUUCGGAUGCGGAUCAUGUGCGAGGAUUUUCCUCCAUCGGUGGAGCUCGAGCCGUGCACAGCGGUAGUCAAGCUCCCGAUCGAGACGAGAAACCGAUGUGGAAUGUGUCGGAUCUCCUCCGCGGCAUCACCCCCUUGAGCAUGUUGACUGAAUGGUCCGCGGUCUUCCGGACCCCAAUGUCCAUCGCCAAGACAGUCCUUCACAAGUUUGUUGGCUACCUGGAGGCGCAGGCCUCGGAGCUGAUCUGGAAACCUCGGUGCUCCGAGACGAUCGCGUGGGAACAAAGCCAGGGCAUCUCUGCCAAGGACAAGACAUCCAAGUACACAGGCCCCCGAGGUGACUGGAGUCAAGGAUACGGUUACAUCACGCACGAUGGUUUCUCAGCGACAAUUGUUGCGCAGAGCCAGGUUCUGGACCGGACUGCGACUGGUGGAUGGUGCACUGAAGAGUUUGGUCUGAAGCGAGAAUACACCAGGAAGCGAGAAUACAAACGCGCGGUGGACAGAGGUCGUCAGGUACCGAGGCCAGUACCCAUACACUGGUGGCCCCCUUCGGAUGCGGAUCAUGUGCGAGGAUUUUCCUCCAUCGGUGGAGCUCGAGCCGUGCACAGCGGUAGUCCAGCUCUCGAUCGAGACGAGAAACCGAUGUGGAAUGUGUCGGAUCUCCUCCGCGGCAUCACCCCCUUGAGCAUGUUGAAUGAAUGGUCCGCGGUCUUCCGGACCCCAAUGUCCAUCGCCAAGACAGUCCUUCACAAGUUUGUUGGCUACCUGGAGGCGCAGGCCUCGGAGCUGAUCUGGAAACCUCGGUGCUCCGAGACGAUCGCGUGGGAACAAAGCCAGGGCAUCUCUGCCAAGGACAAGACAUCCAAGUACACAGGCCCCCGAGGUGACUGGAGUCAAGGAUACGGUUACAUCACGCACGAUGGUUUCUCGACAAUUGUUGCGCAGAGCCAGAUUCUGGACCGGACUGCGACUGGUGGAUGGUGCACUGAAGAGUUUGGUCUGUAG